AUGGGAACCGAAUCACCUUCCCAAUCCACGGACCCGAAACAAAAACCCGAAAACCACAACCCGUUCCACCACGAACCCUACUACAACUACUCCUCAUACCCGCCCGCCAUACCCGUCGGGCCUCCGCAACCCUACCCGCCCGACCACUACAACUACUACUACCACCACCAACCGCCGCCUUCUCCGGUGGGCCCCCCGCCCCGUCCGGCCACGUUCGGCCGCUUCAUGCUCGUCCUCACGACACUCCUCCUCGCGUGCAUGUGCAUGACGAGCCUCGCCGUCUGGUUCCUCUACGGCGUGAAGGCCCCGGAAUUCGAGGUCUCGUCCCUUCGAGUCUCCAACUUCACCGCGGGCCCAGUCGGCCUGACGGCCUUCUGGGACGCGACCCUCCUCGUCGCCAAUGGGAACCGAGAUGCGUCGUUCAGGUUCCGGCACGUGCGUUCCGUGGUCCUCUACCGGGGAUACAUCCUCGGGUUCUCGUCCGAGCGCGCGUUCGGGGUGGAGGGCGGGGCGAGGGGCGAGUUGAGGGUCCGGGUGGAGGNGAGGGGGAGGGAUGGUGGACGUGGACAACGUGAUGGUGCCGGAGCUCGCCCGGGAGUGGGAGGCCGGGGGAGCGGUGUUCGGACUGAGGCUGGCGAUGACGGUAAACGUCACGUCGGGAGGAGAGCAUAG